CGGCGGGCCACCAUGCCGCGCUCGUUUCUGGUCAAGAGCAAGAAGGCUCACAGCUACCACCAGCCGCGCUCCCCGGGACCGGACUACGCUCUCCCCUGGGAGGAUGUCCCCGCGCCCCGCGGAGCAGGUGCGAAGCGCGCGCGCGGACCGGGCGGGGCAGCUCCCGGGGACGAGAAGUCGGAUCCCGGGGACCGGCUGUCCCCCGAGUCUCAGCUCACCGAGGCCCCAGACAGAGCCUCCACAUCUCCGGACAGCUACGAAGGCAGCGUCUGUGACCGGAGCUCCGAGUUCGAGGACUUCUGGAGGCCUCCUUCGCCCUCCGCGUCACCGGCCUCGGAGAAGUCGCUGUGCCAGUCGCUGGACGAAGCCCAGCCCUUCCCAUUGCCUUUCAAGCCGUACGCGUGGAGCGGCCUGGCGGGGCUGGUACAGAGCUACCGGCCGUGCGCGGCCCUGGAGCGCAGCCUGUUCUGCGAGCGCAGCCCGGAGCCCGGUCACCCCGCCGCGCUGUACGGCCCCGAGCGGGCCACGGGCGGUGCGGGCGCGGGGGCCCCGGGGAGCUGCGGCGCGGGAGCGGGCGCCGCCGGUGGCCCGGGCUUGGGGCUCUACGGUGACCUGGGGCCCGCGGCGGCGGCCGGGCUGUACGAGCGGCCCACGGCGGCGGCGGCGGCGGGCCGGCUGUACCCCGAGCGCGGCCGCGAACUCCACGCCGACCAGGGCGCAGGGGUCAAGGUGGAGUCGGAGCUGCUGUGCGCGCGCCUGCUGCUGGGCGGAGGCUCCUACAAGUGCAUCAAGUGCAGCAAGGUGUUCUCCACGCCGCACGGGCUCGAGGUGCACGUGCGCCGCUCGCACAGCGGCACGAGGCCGUUCGCCUGCGAGCUGUGCGGCAAGACCUUCGGGCACGCCGUGAGCCUGGAGCAGCACAAGGCCGUGCACUCGCAGGAACGCAGUUUUGACUGUAAGAUCUGUGGCAAGAGCUUCAAGAGGUCAUCCACACUGUCCACUCACCUGCUCAUCCACUCAGACACCCGGCCCUACCCCUGUCAGUACUGCGGCAAGAGGUUCCACCAGAAGUCAGAUAUGAAGAAACACACCUUCAUCCACACCGGCGAGAAGCCCCACAAAUGCCAGGUGUGUGGCAAGGCAUUCAGUCAGAGCUCCAACCUCAUCACCCACAGCCGCAAGCACACGGGGUUCAAGCCUUUCGGCUGCGACCUGUGUGGGAAGGGCUUCCAAAGGAAGGUGGAUCUCCGGAGGCACCGGGAGACGCAGCACGGACUCAAAUGAGCAUCCUGGCUGGGCUGCGCGCA